AUGCAGCCAAAACUUAUUAUUUAUUUAAUUAUUUUAAUGCCCAUUGUUAGAUCAUCAUUAAGUGAUUUACCCAGCUGUAGCCGCGCAAAAUGUGUACAUUGUAAAGUAUAUUUUAUUUUACAAAUGUGCCCUAUUGCCUGCAGUAAUUGCCCAACAACAACAGAAGAACCGAUAAGACAACAAAACAAACAUUUCUUGACAGCGCUUAAACCUGUAAUAGACAACGAAGUAAACAACAAAGCAUUCUCUCAGCCUACAAUAACAGUACCAUAUGCACAACAAAUCCCGACAAAUUUAAAUAGAAACAAGCAACGCACAAAUAAUUUACAAAGACCGUCAAAUUUAUUCUCACAACAAAAACAAUUUCAAGGAAAUAGAGAUCAGCAACAUGGAACAAUUUUAAGAAAAAACCCAAAUUUUCAAAAUUUGCAAUACAUACAAGAACAACCACAAUAUACUUUUGUCCAACCUUUUCAACAGCAACAACAAACACAAAAUUAUAUUGGAGGAGGUGGUUUUUAUGGAGGACCUAUUCCUCAACAGCAGCAAUAUCCUAUCCCUCCUCCUCCACCCCCAACAAAUUUCCAACCAUUAGAAAUUCAAAAAGAGCAGCAACAACAAUUCAGCAAUCCGUUCCAACAACAAUCUUACCAAUCGGUUCCAAUGCAACAAUUCUCUCCUUCAAUAUCCCCACAACAAAAUAUCCAACAAACUUUUGAACAAAAUUUCCAAGGUGGUCAACUUCAUUCAAUUCAAUCUCCAAAUAAUCAACCAAUACAAAUUCCACAAUUUGUCCAAAAUAAUGCACCUCAACAAACACAGUUACCUUCCAUAUUUUCCCAUCAGAUUUACAAUCAGCCGAUGAUGAGUAUAGACGAAAGACCAGCUAACAUUAUACAUACAGUACCAAACGUAGCAGUACCACAACAAAAUUUCCAAAAAUUUUAUAAUAUCCCACAACUACAGCCGAUUGAUGGAAAAUGUCCAAAACAAAAUUGGGAGCCUUGUGUACCAAAAGAAUUAGCAAAUAAACGAUUUCAAAAUUGUUGCUCACAGUUAGGAGAAGGGUGCUCUCAAUUAUGUAGUUAUGACCAAAACCUUACUAACAUUCAACUUGCAGUGCUAACUGGUCGUUGUCCCAUAAAUAAAGUCGCUGAUAUGAUGCUUUGUGCAAGCGGAUAUGAGGACGCAACUCCUUGUUGUCAAGAAUUUAAUGUUUUCGAGGCUGGCUUUGAACACUGCCGUCCCUAUUGCAACCCAACUGGUGGACUUCCAAAUGACGGAAUGUUAGUAGAAAAAUAUAAAUGCCUUCAGAAAUUGCAGCAAAUACAAAAAUGUUUUUAUCUAAGUCAACGUCCAUAGGGUUCUUAAAGUUGCUUUUUUCU